AUGUUUGCCGUCCCUGGGUGGUCGCUUUCUGCAGACAAGCUCAAGACAGAGACUGUAGCAAAAUCGUCAAGUGGCCCAGCGGCUGCACCCUCAAGGAAAAGAAAAAGAGUCAAAGUUCCCGCCGAAGAUGUGACCAAGGACAAUGUCACAGAUCUAUGGGAGCAAAUUAUUGAAAACAAGGAGAAAACCAAGGGCGCGGCUCCCUCCAAGCCAAAGGAUAGCAAGCGGCAAAAAGUGAAGAAAGGCGACCGUCCUCCUGGCGGAGCAGAAUCAGCACCGACGCCGAAUACCCAGUCAAAACCUGACCAGGCGAGUCCCAUAGAUGGAGACCCUGCCGGCAAGUCAGAGAAAAAAUCCAAGAAGAACAAGAUCAACAAGAAGUAUGGAGGCAAGGAUGAGACCGCCGAAUCCUCGCCGGCAACCCAGCCGUCGGCAACGACGACAACAGCACCAGCAGCAGCGAGCAAGCCGCCGCCGCCGCCGCCAAAGCUCACCCCGCUGCAGGCGUCUAUGCGCGCCAAACUGAUCUCUGCUCGCUUCAGGCACCUCAACGAAACGCUGUAUACGCGUCCGUCAGAGGAGGCCUAUAGGCUGUUUGACGAGUCACCCGAGAUGUUUGCCGAGUACCACGAGGGGUUCCGCCAGCAGGUCGAGGUUUGGCCCGAGAACCCUGUGGACGGCUAUAUCGCCGACAUCCGCGCUCGUGGUGCCGUCCGGCCGCCCCCAUCGUUCCACGGCAAGAACGGCAAGCGGCCCCCGAAGAGGCAGCCGCCGCCCGGGCCCGGCGAUCUCGAACCUCUGCCGCGCACCGCGGGCACCUGCACCGUGGCAGAUCUGGGCUGCGGCGACGGUCGUCUCGGCAGCGAGCUGCAGCCUCUGGCCGACAAGUUGCGCGUCCAGGUCCUGAGCUUCGAUCUGCACAGCCCGGCGCCGCACGUGACCAAGGCCGACAUGGCCAACGUCCCCCUCCCAGAUGGCUCGGUCAACGUCGCCGUCUUCUGUCUCGCCCUGAUGGGAACCAACUGGCCGGCCUUCAUCGAGGAGGCCUAUCGACUGCUGCACUGGAAGGGCGAACUAUGGGUGGCCGAGAUCAAGAGCCGGUUCGCACCGGCCGGCGCCAGGAACAAGAGGGGUUCCGCUGCCGUCGUGGACCACAGCGUUGGCAAAAGGCGCAAGAAGUCGGCCAAGGCAGGCGAAGACGAUGCCAAUGGCCAGGCAGAGGCGCUAGCCGUCGAGGUUGAUGGAGCCGAUGACAGGCGAGGUGAGACGGAUGUAUCGGCUUUUGUGGAAAUUCUCACAAGACGGGGUUUUGUUCUUUGCGGCAACGGUGGCGAUGGGAUUGACCUCAGCAACAAGAUGUUUGUCAAGAUGCGUUUCAUCAAGGGAGCAGCCCCCACGGUUGGCAAGUGCGUGACCAAGACCCCCAAGCCCCUAGAGAUCACUGGGUUGUCUAGGAAACGUGGACCGGAGAUUCCUGACGCACCGGAUGUGGCGGAGGAGGCCAAGGCUCUCAAACCGUGCGUGUACAAGAUUCGUUAA